UGGCAGUGGUGAUGCUGACAGUGUGUGGAAACCUGGUGGUGAUCAUCUCUAUCUCUCACUUCAAGCAGCUCCACACACCAACCAACUUCCUAAUGCUCUCCCUGGCUGUGGCAGAUUUUCUAAUAGGAGCAGCUGUGAUGCCUUUCAGCUUAAUUUUAUUAAUAGAGACCUGUUGGUAUUUUGGAGAAACAGUUUGCAUAAUUUAUAAAAUCUUGUUUUACAUCUUCACCUCUGUUUCAAUUGGUAAUGUGGCAUACAUAGCUAUUGACCGCUAUUUAGUUGUUUAUUACCCAUUACUUUAUUCUACUAAAAUCACAAUUUUCAUAGUUGCUCGAAAGCAUGCACAAGCAAUCAGCACUGUUACAGAGCAAAUGCAAUCAGCAGAUGGAGACAAUAAUAAAAUUUCCACAAAAUCUGAAUGGAAAGCUGCAAAAACAUUAGGAAUAUUAGUGAUUGUAUUUCUUCUCUGUUUGGUGCCGUAUUACAUAUGCAGUCUCGCUCUUAAAAAUGUGGACCGGUCCUCUUUAGUACUUAGUGUUCUAAGUUGGUUUUUAUAUAUUAAUUCUGCCAUCAAUCCUAUCAUUUAUGCUUUGUUUUAUCCCUGGUUCCAGAGGUCGGUUAAACUGAUUGUUACACUUAAGAUAUUUAAAAUAGAAUCCUCCCUGAUAAAUGUGUUUUCUAAACAUAUUUAA